AUGUUCGGGUUAUUAGACCUCAAAUUGUACGGGACUGCGAUUCUGGUUCUGGUCGGAGUUCUGUGGAACAUCUUCAACCUGACUGCCACCAUCGUGGAGCAGCUGCGGUCUGGAGGCAUCUGGAUGGUGGCUGCCAUCAUCUGCUCCAUCUCCCUGUGCAACAUCCUCCUGCACAUCGCCACCUUCUUGUUGGCGAUGUCGGAGUGGUUCGGAGUGCCCUGCUGGAGCGACCUGCCUUGGCUACACAGUCUGGUUCUGUUCAUCUGGUUCUGUGGCAGCUGCACCAGCUUCUGGUCCACUGCCUGUCUGAGCCUGAUCUACUGCAUCAAGGUGGUGAGCUUCUCCUCGCCGCUAUUCCACGGGAUCAAGAGGAACAUCUCGGCCAUUACUGGCGUGAUCAUGGCGUUGACCCUAAUGACCUCCUGUCUGUUCGUCACCCCCAUGUUAUUACUGCGCCGCAUCAAAGUCAACGAGUCCCUCCCUAUUAACGCCCUUGAGAACACCACCUGCACGAAGGAGAUACACCUGUUCCCCUCUUGGAUCGACACCAGUUCGUACAUGGUCAGCUUUGUCUGCUAUCUGGCUCUGCUGCCCUUGGUGGUGUUGCUGCCCACGGCCCUCCGGCUGGUCAUCUUCCUGUGCAGACACACCAUAUCCAUGCAGAAGAACCAGAACACCCCAUCUGGCAUCUCUUCCUACCUCUUGGUGUCCCAGCUCACAGUGGCCCUAGUGGGGGUCUAUGUGACCACGACGUUCACCAUCUCUCUGUAUUAUUUCAGCUAUUUCUUCAAAUUUUCCCUCAGCACGGACAUGGUGUUUUUGAGUUUGUCCAUUUACUGCAUCGCCUCCGCGGUCCUCCAGACCGCCUCCAACCGCCGCCUGCGGGAACACCUCUGUGCGCUAUUCUGCAACGCAAAACCACCGAACACGUCCACAGCAACCAUAUGA